GGCCCGGCGGAGGGAGGCGGCGGCCGCGGCGGCGAGAUCCCAGAGCCAGAGCCCGGCCGGGGCCGAGCGGAGCGGAGCGCGGCAGCAGCGGCGGCGGCUGGGCCGGGAGAGGCUGGCACGCCGGGCGGCUCCGCGAAUCCUCCGGCAUCCGGCCCGGCGGGCCGCCCCCGCUCACGGCAGCCCCCGGAGCAGCGGCCCGGCACCGGCGCCUUCCCAGCGGGUGAGAGCGAACCAUGGAGCUCCGCGUGGGGAAUAAGUACCGCCUGGGCCGGAAGAUCGGGAGCGGGUCCUUUGGAGACAUCUACCUGGGUGCCAACAUCGCUUCUGGCGAAGAAGUUGCCAUCAAGCUCGAGUGUGUGAAGACGAAGCACCCGCAGCUGCACAUCGAGAGCAAGUUCUACAAGAUGAUGCAGGGAGGAGUGGGAAUCCCGUCCAUCAAGUGGUGCGGGGCCGAGGGCGACUACAACGUGAUGGUCAUGGAGCUGCUGGGGCCCAGCCUCGAGGACCUCUUCAACUUCUGCUCCCGCAAGUUCAGCCUCAAGACGGUGCUGCUGCUGGCUGACCAGAUGAUCAGCCGCAUUGAGUACAUCCACUCCAAGAACUUCAUUCACCGGGACGUGAAGCCCGACAACUUCCUCAUGGGGCUGGGGAAGAAGGGCAACCUGGUGUACAUCAUCGACUUCGGCCUGGCCAAGAAGUACCGGGACGCCCGCACGCACCAGCACAUCCCCUACCGGGAAAACAAGAACCUGACGGGCACGGCCCGCUACGCCUCCAUCAACACCCAUCUGGGCAUCGAACAAAGCCGGCGAGAUGACCUGGAGAGCCUGGGCUAUGUGCUCAUGUACUUCAACUUGGGCUCCCUGCCCUGGCAGGGCCUCAAAGCGGCCACCAAACGCCAGAAGUAUGAGCGGAUCAGCGAGAAGAAGAUGUCGACGCCCAUCGAGGUCCUCUGCAAAGGCUACCCCUCUGAGUUCUCCACAUACCUCAACUUCUGCCGCUCGCUGCGCUUCGACGACAAGCCCGACUACUCGUACCUGCGCCAGCUCUUCCGCAACCUCUUCCACCGGCAGGGCUUCUCCUACGACUACGUCUUCGACUGGAACAUGCUCAAAUUCGGCGCGGCGCGCAACCCCGAGGACGUGGACCGGGAGCGGCGAGAGCACGAGCGCGAGGAGCGGAUGGGGCAGCUCCGGGGGUCUGCGCCCCGGGCCCUGCCCCCGGGCCCACCCUCGGGAGCCCCCGCCAACCGGCUCCGCAGCGCUGCCGAGCCUGUGGCCUCUACCCCAGCCUCCCGCAUCCAGCAAGCUGGCAAUACGUCUCCCAGAGCGAUCUCCCGGGUGGACCGAGAGAGGAAGGUGAGCAUGAGGCUGCACAGGGGCGCCCCUGCCAAUGUCUCGUCCUCCGACCUCACUGGGCGGCAAGAGGUCUCCCGGAUUUCAGCCUCACAGACAAGCGUGCCAUUUGACCAUCUCGGGAAGUGAGGAGGAGCCGCCGUCGGACCAGUGUUCUCUUAGUGUCUUCACUGUAUUUUCUUUUAAAAACACAACCAAAAGAUGGGGGGAAAAAACCACUCAAAAGAACAUAGAAGAAAAAAAACCCAGCACAAGAGCGACGAUGGAUUCUGUUUCUUUUCUUUUUUCCUUUUUUCUUUUUUUUUUCUUUCUUUUUUUGCCAACGGCAAGAAGACGAGAUGCCCUCGGCACCCAGGAUUCUCGUCCCUCGCAGUACCCGCUGCCUUCAGGCCGCCAGAGGGUCCCCAGAUGCUGGGCGACCAUGCCAGACGCCACCAAGGGGGCCCCGCCCCAGCCGGCCAGCUGGGGAGCGAGGCUGAUUGACGGCUGGGCUGGGCAGGGCGCAGCGCGGCCCUGAGGCCCCUCCCAGCCGGCAGGAGCCCCGGAGCGGAGCGGCGUGACCAUGGGGUCGGUUGGGCGCAGGUCCCACCCGGCAUUUCGUUCUGGAGCUUUGGAACCGCAGGAGACGAGCACAGCCCCCUCCCCGCAAGGUGGUGGGGGCUUUCUGCCUGGGCUUUUCCCAGUGUCCCCCUGAGUGUUUGGGUCUUUCUUUGCCUGUGCACAGGGACUUAAGUGGUGGGGGCCAAGACCCCUUACAUGCGUGUGUGUGUACGAUGUGACCUGUAUCUCCCAGGCCAGUGGGGGCCCGCCCCACCUGCCAGGCUGGGUCUCUGUUCUCGUCCCCUGAACAAGGACACGGGAUGCGCAGCAACCUCUGUGUCUCCCAGGAAGGGCACCAGAGUGUCCUUGCCACUACCACCAGCCCCUCUGCCUGUCGUCACCCUGUGGCAACCCUGUCCCCCUCCUCUGGAGACUCCUCCCAGAAAGCAUCUGGCUCCUGGGUUACAAAUGAAUUAAUUCCCUGGUUCCGACCCUCCCCGGGGGCCACCACCGGUCCUGCACCUGCCUCUCCGAGGAGCAGCCCGGGGAGAGGCCGGGCCUGGGACCUGCCCGUCCCUCCCAGUUAACGCCCCUUCUCGUUUGUGUUUGUUUUCCCCGUGUGUGUAUUUCCUAAUUUAUUUAUCUCCAUCUCCCCUUUUUUUCUUUUUCUUUUUUUUUAAUUAAAGAGCAAAGCUUUUUAUAACUUUGUAAUUUAAAAAAACUGAAAAAAAAAUACUGAAGAACUUUGGGGGGAAUUUUGUACUUUUUUCCUGUGUAAAUAUUGGACUUUUUUGAGCUUUAUUGUGGUUGUUAAUUUGAAGUAAUAAAGUAGAAAAGCAUAAAGUGA